GAACAGUGGCAAAGCAGGUGCAUAAAUUUUAGUAAUAAAAGUAAUAUAUAAAUAAUGAACCUGGUCUCAUUUUUCUCUCUCUACACUCUCUCCCUUUCACAUUCUCUUUCCUCCCCUCUUUACCGUAAGACUGACUGAGUUUUUCCGGCAUUGACUCGUUUAAGGAAGUUUGAGCUAACUCGGUCACAGAUCGGUGAGCUAAGCUGACAGGUUUAAGCAAUGGUAAUUGUGGCAAUUUCAGCAUAUGAGUAGAAGAAAAAAGGUUGAUUUGAAAGGAAAAAUUCUGCAGAAUAUGGAUUCAAGGAUCCAUUUAGGAGAGGGAUUUUCAGUCUCACAACAAGAGACAGAAUUGCAGUAUGUUGAUUCUUGGAUGCCAGUAACUCCUAACAAACCAAUUGCAAUAAGAUCCAAUCCGGUGCUGAUUGAUAGGCAUGAGAGUCAAUUAGGUAGCACAAAUUGGCAAGAACUGGUUGGAUUUCCCAGUGGAUAUGUGCAGGAGAUGUCGAAUUAUAGCAGUCUGGCUCAACAUUGCACCCAAAUUGACCAAUUCACCAGAAAUGGGAGUUUUGCAGAGAAGAAUAGAAUGAUCAAUCAUAUUGCAGGAUCCUACACACGGGCAUUACUUAAUGAGAAUGUGAGUUGGAGUAGUAAUUCAUUGGCAGAUCUUUUGGUGAUGAACAAUACAGCUCCUACUGCGUAUCCAAGCAGAACUCUGCACAGAAACACAAGCAUCGCAGAAAGGCCAUUGAUCCCAAAUCUGAAUACCCCAGUUAACAGCUUGAGAGAAUUUAACUCGGGCGAGUUGUUUUAUACCAAUCAAGCCCACUGCUCAAGUUCAAACGUGCCGAGUGGCCAUAACAGCUUGUUCCAAAUGCCCCAGUACGGUUUUCCCAUACCUUAUAAUCCUAAUUAUGAUCUAAAUUCACCACCAAGUAUAGAAGCUGAUGCAGCAUCAACUGUUACCAAUUCAUUUCAAUUUGCACCAAUAAUAGAGCAGGCAAAGAAGUUGGAGAACCAGCUGUCUGCACUUGUAAAUUUCCCACAGGGGAAAAGCUCAAGUGAAGAGAGAGACAAGCAAGACAAUUAUGUUGUAUCAUUAGGCAAUGUCCCAAACCAGCACAAUCCUGACAAGCUCUUUCAGAACAUUGUGGACUCCGCAUCUGCUGUAAUUUCUACACCAUUUGAGGAACCAAAAGAGUCUUGUCAGGGAAGCGACCAAGUUAUUGAUCUCAAUAAAACACCCCAGCAGAAAACACCAAAACGAAGAAAGCACAGGCCUAAAGUGAUUGUUGAAGGAAAACCAAAAAAGACACCAAAGUCUGUAACCCCAAAAACAGUUGAUCCCAAUGAGAAGGCAAUUGAAAAGAGGAAGUAUGUGCGCAAGAAGGGCCAGAAAGAAUCAACAACAGAACAUCCAGAUUCAAUUGGAGAGACUACCAACUCCACAGAGAAACCAAAGCAAAAGAGGAAGUAUGUGCGCAAGAAGAGUUUGAAAGAACCACAAAUCCGAAAUGCAGAUUAUGCUGGUGAGACUACAUAUCCAAGUGCUGGAACUGCAGCAUCAUGUAGAAAAGCACUGAAUUUUGAAAUGGAAAACACCUACAGCGAGAGGGAGAAAAAUUUAGUUGCUCAGCAGGAGAUAAUGAACAAGGGAAAAGAGACAUACAACUUAAACACAGGUUUCCAUGUUUCAGAAUCACUCGAAACACACAGAACAAAGUCCGAUUUACAGAUGCGUCGACACAAUGGGUCACUGUUAGAAUUCCAGCAAUCCAGAGAUGUAAAUAACCUUACUCCCUUUAUGAAUCAAAUAUCCAAUAACCACCAGUCAAAUUCACACAGAAGAGAAGGCGCGGUGCGACCAACUGCUAGAAAAGAUGGGCAAAUGGAUAACUCAAAUGGCAGUGGUAGAGAUAUAGAUGUUGGAAUGCUGCAACAUAUACAUGCAGAAGGAACUGGCAGAACUGUCUUACCAGAAAAAACAAAUUGCAAAAGCCUCGAGAAGAAUGAAGAAAUUGUGUAUCAUAGUACUGAAUCAGUUACCAAGAUUCCACUGUUAACUGAAGGUAGGGGAUACAAGAGAGAUUAUCAUCAAGCAGAGCUGACAAUGCAAAAUACUGGCAAUCCACGGGGCAAAUUGAUUUUCCAAGAGGGAGUUCUUAUAGAUGACUGUCACCUAAAUAGCCAUAAUUCCAAUGCAGCAUGUCCAGAAACUUGCAAGAAACAGAAAAAUGAUGGAAUCCAGAAAAAUAAAAAUGGCAUGCCACCUCCUGUUGCAGCUGUUAACCAAUCAGGAGGGGGAAAUAGCAAAACUGAUUCAUCUGCAUCCACAGUAGAGAGGAAUAGGGAACUCUUGAAAUCAUACUUAAAAUCCAAGAGAGAUGUUGUGGAGCACUACAAACACUCGGUGGCUUCUGGACAAGAUUUGUCACUGCAGCACAAAUGGGCUGGACAGAAUUCAUGCAUAGAAAGAACUGGAGAGAACUGUAACAUAGUCCCACCAACACCUCCCAAAAUGGCCCCUCAAUCUAGAGACCAACUGCAGCCCCAAAUAUGUCAUAUUGAUGCAUCUACAAAGCAGACAAUGGCAUCGACUCAAUCCCUAUCAGUUCCAUCCAGAAAAGGGAAUAUGCUGCAAACACAAAAGAACAUCUUGAAAGAUCAGAAAUCAACUGCAAAACGAAAAGCAGGGCAACCAGCCAAGCAGAAACCCAUUACAAUUGAAGAAAUUAUAUACCGAAUGGAGCAUCUCAAUCUCAAUGAAGUGAAGGGAGAGCAAACUGCAAUUGUUCCCUACAAAGGAGAUGGCGCACUCAUUCCAUAUGACGGGUUUGAAAUUAUCAAGAAACGCAAACCAAGGCCUAAAGUAGACCUUGACCCAGAGACAGAAAGGGUAUGGAAACUGCUAAUGUGGAAAGAAGGAGGUGAAGGCCUUGAAGGAACAGAUCAGGAGAAAAAACAAUGGUGGGAGGAAGAGAGGAGAGUUUUUGGUGGACGAGCUGACUCAUUCAUUGCAAGAAUGCAUCUCGUACAAGGAGAUAGGCGUUUCUCAAAAUGGAAGGGGUCAGUCGUUGACUCAGUGAUUGGAGUUUUCCUAACUCAAAAUGUUUCAGACCAUCUUUCAAGCUCUGCCUUCAUGAAUCUAGCUGCAAAAUUUCCUUUAAAGUCAAUGAGAAACAGAACCUGUGAGAGGGAUGAACCAAGAAGACUGAUUCAAGAACCAGAUAUCUACAUGCUAAACCCAAAUCCCACCAUCAAAUGGCAUGAGAAGUUGCUAACUCCUUUCUACAACCAGAGCUCUAUGACACCACAUGAAUCAAUAGAACAUCGGAGAGACCAGGAGACCUCAUGCACAGAAAGAACAAGCAUAGUAGAGGCACAUAGUUACAGCCCUGAAGAAGAAGUCUUGUCAUCACAAGAUUCUUUUGAUUCCUCAAUUGUUCAAAGCAAUGGAGUCAUCAGAUCCUACUCAGGUUCCAACUUAGAAGCAGAAGAUCCUGCAAAAGGGUGCAAACACAACGAGAAUCACAAUACUUCAAAUGCUCAGAAAUUGGAGUUUGAAGAGUUCUUCAGUCAUGUCAGUGGGAGAUCAUUGUUUCAUGAGGGAUCUAGGCAUAGACAUAGGGAACUAGAAGAUUUAGAAGAUGGGCAGCAAUGGACAAGAUUGGACAGAUUAGAUAACAGUCUAAAAGGCUCUUCCACAUUUAAUCAGCAUGACAAUUCUAAUAAUUCACAGUUGCAAACACGAGUAGAAAGCUCACAAUUGUAUAGAGAAGAUAGCAUAUCUUCUUGGCCUUCAAGCACCUCCAAAGUUGGCAAGGAAAAAGAUGCAAGUUGCACAAGCAUAAGGGUUUUACAAGGGGCAGAGAAUGUAGCUAAACCCACAACACAACAAUAUGGGUCAGAAAAGUAUCCAGAAACCUCAACAGCAGAAUCGCAUGCUUUCUUAAGCAAGCAAUUAAUGCAUGAACAAAGUAAUCCUCAACUGUACCAUGGCAGUCAGUCACAUGAAAUGAACAAGACCUUCCAAUUGGGAAGCAAAUCAAUUGCCGAGCCUGUGAAUCUGUCUGAUGCACAGGAUUACAGGCAGAGCAGUUAUGGGCAGCAUGUCUCAAACAUCCCUCAACUCGCAGCAAAAGUUUUUGAUGUUGAAGAGAGAAUAACUUUGAUGGACAAUAAACAAACAGACUCGGAAAAUAAUUUCAUUGGGUCAAACUCAAAGGAAAAUACACAUUUUACUAAUAAAGCAAACUUAAAUAGAAAUGCAUCAAAAGCAAGAAAAGCAAAGGCUGAGAGUGGGCAAAAAGAUGCAGUUGACUGGGAUAGUUUGAGGAAGCAGGUGCUGGUAAAUGGCAGAAAGAAAGAGAGAAGUGAAAGUGCAAUGGACUCCUUGGACUAUGAAGCAAUGAGAAGUGCUCAUGUCAACGAGAUUUCUGAUACUAUUAAAGAAAGAGGGAUGAACAACAUGCUAGCCGAACGAAUCAAGGAUUUCCUAAACCGACUGGUUAGAGAACAUGGAAGCAUUGACCUGGAAUGGUUAAGAGAUGUCCCCCCUGACAAAGCAAAAGAAUAUCUCCUAAGUAUACGGGGACUGGGAUUGAAAAGCGUGGAGUGCGUGCGGCUCUUAACACUUCAUCAUCUUGCUUUCCCGGUUGACACAAAUGUUGGAAGGAUAGCAGUUCGACUAGGAUGGGUCCCUCUCCAACCACUGCCAGAGUCACUUCAAUUACACCUUUUGGAACUGUACCCAAUACUCGAGUCAAUCCAGAAAUACCUCUGGCCAAGAUUGUGCAAACUUGAUCAACGAACACUGUAUGAAUUACAUUACCAGAUGAUUACAUUUGGAAAGGUUUUCUGUACAAAGAGUAGGCCAAAUUGCAAUGCAUGUCCAAUGAGAGCAGAAUGCAGACAUUUUGCUAGUGCCUUUGCAAGUGCAAGACUUGCUCUGCCUGGACCAGAAGAUAAGAGUAUAGUUACUGCAACUGUUCCCUUGACAACAGAAAGAAGCCCCGGCAUAGUUAUUGAUCCAUUGCCAUUACCUCCAGCAGAGGACAAUUUGCUUACAAGAAGAGGGUCUGAUAUUGUUAGUUGUGUGCCUAUCAUUGAAGAGCCAGCCACGCCAGAACAAGAACACACAGAAGUAAUAGAAAGUGAUAUAGAGGAUAUAUUUGAUGAGGAUCCUGAUGAAAUACCGACAAUAAAACUCAACAUGGAAGAGUUGACAGUGAAUCUACAGAAUUACAUGCAAGCAAACAUGGAACUCCAAGAAUGUGACAUGUCAAAGGCUUUAGUUGCUUUGAAUCCAGAAGCUGCUUCCAUCCCCACACCCAAACUGAAAAAUGUCAGUCGGCUACGGACAGAACACCAAGUGUAUGAACUUCCAGAUUCACAUCCUCUUCUUAAUAGGAUGGACAAAAGACAACCUGAUGAUCCUAGUCCAUACCUUCUAGCAAUAUGGACACCAGGUGAAACGGCAAAUUCAAUUCAGCCACCAGAGAGACAUUGUCAGUUCCAGGGACCAGACAAAUUAUGCAAUGAGCAGACAUGCUUUUCCUGUAACAGUAUCAGAGAAACUAAUUCACAAACAGUCAGAGGAACACUUCUGAUACCUUGUAGAACAGCAAUGCGAGGAAGCUUUCCACUCAAUGGGACAUACUUUCAAGUGAAUGAGGUAUUUGCAGAUCAUGAAUCUAGCCUCAAUCCAAUUGAUGUUCCAAGAGCAUGGAUCUGGAAUUUGCCAAGACGAAUGGUGUACUUUGGAACCUCUGUAUCAACAAUAUUUAAAGGCCUUUCAACAGAAGGUAUUCAGUACUGCUUUUGGAAAGGAUUUGUUUGUGUGAGAGGGUUCGACCAGCAAUCAAGAGCACCCAAACCGCUUAUGGCCAGAUUGCACUUUCCAGCAAGUAAAUUAGCAAAGACAAAUAAUGAAACACAAUGAUAAGCAGACCAGGAUGCGAAGAUGAUUAACAGCAAAAAUUCUAACCAGGAUAAGAGACCUAGUGGAGAAGAGAGAUAACUAACAUAUUGUUGUACAUUCAAUUAUUCUUCCUCUAACAAAUUUUUAGACCAGCAUAAAGAAAUUGUCAGGCGAAAGCAUAAAGUAUACCAUGGCCAAUGAGAUGUAGUUGAUAAACGCUUGUACGAUGAUUCUUUCAAUUCAUGCUCAAAACUGAGCAAUUUGAUGCCCAA